UAACCCGUGUUUAUUGUGAAAUUGCAUAAUACCUAUCUAUCGUUAAAUUUUACUUCAUUUUAAUUUUAUAUCAUCAUUAAACUUGCGGGCAUAACUGGUGUGCUGGUUUUUAAAUUAUUCACGAACUUUAUGAUGUCUCCAUACCAGUGCAUAAUCAUAUGGAUCCUGAAUUAUCUAAUAUCAAUCAAAGGUGAUUUUAUAAGAUUUCCAAAUUUCGGUAAGUAUAAACAUUGUAUAGAACCGCCAGCAACGUGUCCAAACAAACAUGUAACAUUUCAUUUAUAUACAAGGCAAACGGAAGACUAUUUACUAGACUUAAAUAAUCCGGAAUCCUUCACGAACGCUCCUUUUAUACUGCAAGCGCCCAUCAAGUUGCUCAUACAUGGUUACACGGGUUACAAGGACUAUGCACCAAAUACUCAGCUCAGACCAGCGUACUUUCAAUACUCAAACUUGAACGUGAUAUCUGUUGACUACAAGGAACUAGUGCGGGAGCCGUGUUACCCGCAAUCCGUGUACAACGUGCCACUAGUGAGCAAAUGCACCACUAUGCUCCUGAAACAGCUGUUCAAAUUGCGAAAAGACCUGUCGUUUGACAACUUGCACUUGGUCGGUUUCAGCUUGGGCGCUCAAGUAGCUAGCCAAAUCGGGCGGCAGAUGAACGGCACGAUCCAGCGGAUAACCGGUCUAGACCCAGCGAGACCGCUGUUCGGCAAGAUUUUCAACACCGAAGUAUUGAAAAAGUCAGACGCGCAAUUCGUAGACGUGGUGCACAGUAACAUGGGCGAUAAGGGAAAAAAAGAACCACUCGGACACUUGGAUUUUUACGCCAAUGACGGAUCCACUCAACCUGACUGCGGUAAAAAUGCAUCGUGCAGCCACGUACGAGCUGUUGAUUAUUUUGCCGAGUCAAUAAACACCAACAAUCCGUUUUGGGCUGUCAAAUGCAUAAGCUACGAAUUUUACAAAAAAAACAGAUAUUGUAAAUCGUUCAAUAAUUCACAAUUAAUAAUUAUGGGUGAACAUGUGGACAGAAACAACACCGGAAUUUACUAUUUUAUAACAAACGGUCAAUCGCCAUUUUCACGAGGAAAGGAUCCAUAUUAUUUAAGCAACACUGAUGUACAAAAUUAAACUUUUUUUAGUCAUAAGCGUUGAAUAUAAACAUUUCUAAAUCAAUAUUUUGUGCUGAUUUCAAAUCUGUUAUUAGAUUCUAUCUAUCACCUAUAGUGUUUUACUCAUAGUUAUGUCAUUUUUUAUAAGUAAAACAAAUACUUUGAAA